CCUGUACACAUACUUUUCACAACACUUGUCAUAGCAGGGAAACUACAGGUGGAAUAUGAUAAAUGCGGUUUCCCCCCGUUAAGUGUACAAUACAAAGGCCUUUCAUGUGGAAUGCAAUACAAUACAUUUAUUUAACACACUUGUACUUUUACUGCUAUGAAAUCAACAUAUCUUUGGUGGAAUAGGUAUUUUAGGAAAUAUUUGCAUUUUGGCAUCCUCUACAACAUGUAUUUGAGUUAAACCAACUAGUGAUCGUUUGCACUCACGUUUGAGGAUGAUAAGAGGAAACAUAUUAAUCGAAUGUUGAUUCUAUUGUGGGGUAAAUAUAUGAGAUCAUUUUGAAUGUGUUGAAAAAACUACCAAUUGCUGAGACGGUCUUGAACGCACCCCCGUAUCACCUGCAACCAGCGAGAGUUUAGUGCAAAUGGGCGGCGUUUUUUCUGGACGAGGAAGCCCUAAAGCGGCCUUUCAAGCUGUACUUCCCACCCUGUCGGUCCGGUGCCGACCCAAGCACCAUGACUAUAUUAAUGCUUGCAUGUAAAUAUACGCCGUGGUGGCUGUCUUCGGAGUAGAAAGGCCUGUCGCUGGUGACCCGGCCCGCCGUCCUGAGCGCCGUGUGCAGCGGGAGGUAUGCUUGAGCUUCCGGCUCCGAGAGAAACUGGGGAGUCAGUUGGUGCCCAGGGUCUUUGACAGAGAGCAGCGUCUGCGGGGAGGAGAGCAGGCCGGUUGGGAACAUCCACCCCGUGAGACACACGACCCGUCACCACUUUCAUGACCCACAGUGGGAAUCCAGCUCGCUGUAUAUGAGGUGGUGCCUUUGAGCUAACGUUAGCCUCGCUUGCUGGCCCAGAAGCCACCCUGGACAAAGUGUUUAAAUCUGACCACGACCUCCUCGUGUACUUAAUAUCACUAAACCCACGGACAAAGUAUUCCAUUAGCAGACAGCCAGUGGUAACCAGUACACUUUGACCAUUAACUUGAGCGAACGACUAGUGUUCGCCUUUUGCUCGCUAGCGUUCAGAUCUGUAGCUGUCACCACUGAAGCAACACGAGAAGAGUGUCGAUGCCUUGGCUAAGAUGAGUGUGAAGGCUUUUGAGCUAGUCCCCGCUGUGGAGAGAGAGCUCCUCAUGGGCGACAAGGCUCGCAUCAACAUCGAGUGCAUUGAAUGCUGUGGAAGACACUUGUACAUGGGCACCAAUGACUGCUUCAUCCACCACUUCCUGCUGGACGAGGUCACUUCCUCCAAAGGGAAACUUAGUUACUCGGCUCAGAAGCUGCUGCACAAACAUAUGGGCCUCAAGAAACCAGUUGCUGAGCUGCGCGCCGCCUCCGCUUUGGAGCGCCUGAUCGUGCUUUGUGAUGGAAUCGUCUUCCUGGUCGAUAUGGUGACACUGGAGACCGUGCCCUCGGCGACAGGCGGUGGAGCCAAGAUCAGAGGCGUGAACGCAUUCUGCAUUAACGAGAACCCUGUGAACGGUGACCCGUUCUGUGUGGAAAUGGGCGUGCUCUCCUCCAAGCGUCGUACGGUGCAAAUUUACAUGGUGUACGAGGACCGAGUGCAGCUGGUCAAAGAGGUGACCACUCCUGAGCAACCUUGUGCCGUCAGUGUUGAUGGUUACUUCUUGUGCCUGGCCCUCACUUCACAGUACAUGAUUCUGAACUACAACACAGGAGCCUCCCAAGAUCUCUUCCCUUACAACAGUGAAGAGAGGAGGCCCAUUGUGAAGCGGAUUGGCAGGGAGGAGUUCCUCUUAGCAGCACAUGGCGGUCUGGGAAUGUUUGCCAAUGCAGAAGGGGUAUCGCAGCGGGCUCCAGUCAACUGGUCAGAGGGUGUGAUUGGUGCCGCUGUGUCUUUUCCGUACGUGGUUGCUCUGGAUGAAAGCUUCAUCACCAUCCACAGCAUGUUGGACCAACAGCUAAAACAAACUCUUUCGUUCAGGGACGGACACAUUCUGCAAGACUUUGAAGGAAAGGUAAUUCUGGCUUCCACGAAGGCAGUGUAUGUCCUGGUGCCGCUGCCCCUGGAGAAACAGAUCCAGGACUUACUGGCCAAUCACAGAGUUGAGGAGGCGCUCAUCCUCACAGAGGGAGCACAGCAAAAUAUUCCCAAAGAAAAGUUCCAGAUUUUGCACAAAAGAAUCCUGCAGCAGGCAGGUUUCAUACAGUUUAGCCAACUUCAGUUUCUAGAAGCAAAAGAACACUUCAGGAAGGGUCAGCUGGAUGUGCGAGAGUUGAUAUCUCUCUACCCUCUGCUGCUGCCAGCGUCCUCUUCAUUCACACGCUGCCACCCUCCCCUCCAUGAGUUUGCAGAUCUCAACCACCUGGCACAGGGCGACCAGGAAAAGGUUCUGCGAUGCAAGGAGUUCCUAAUCACUUACUUGGGAGAGGUACGAAGCACAGAGGUGGCCAAUGGCUGCAGAGAGGACGUGGACACUGCACUACUAAAGCUGUACGCUGAACAGAAUCAUGACAGCCUUCUCGACCUGCUCGCUUCAGACAACGCCUGCCUACUAGCAGACAGCGUCCCAUGGCUGGAUAAAUAUCAUAAAUAUUUUGCACUUGGGCUGCUCUAUCGUUCUAAUGGUCAGGAUUCAGCAGCACUUCAGCUGUGGAUUCAAGUGGCAGAUGGGGAUCUGCAGGACUCCACCAGAGCCGACCUCUAUGAGUACAUCGUGGACUUCCUCUGCUCCUGCUCCAAUCUGGACCUUGUGUGGAAGUAUGCAGACUGGGCCUUGCGGAAGGAUCCCACCAUGGGUGUCCACAUCUUUAAGAAGAGGCCGUCCAGUAAAGAGCUGCCAGAACUGAACCCUGAUGAUGUUGUCUCUUACCUGGGAGAGCACAGCCAGGCGCUGCUUCUCUACCUGGAACACCUGGUGCUGGAGAGACGGAUAAAGAAGGAGAAGUUCCACACACACCUGGCCAUGUUGUACCUGGAGAGGGUCUUGUCACUGUUGUCGCAGUCACCAACAGACGAAGAGCAGAUCUCUAGAGCUCGAGAGAGGCUCCAAACUCUGUUCAGGGUGUCCAACCUUUACCGUGCAGAGUUUCUGUUAGGUAAGAUGGAGAACUGUGAACGACUGCUGCUAGAACGUGCAACACUACAUGGAAAACUGGAGGAGCAUGAUAAAGCACUGCAUAUAUUGGUGCACAAGCUAAGAGACUUCCCGGCUGCUGAGGCCUUCUGUGUAUGGGCCUCUUCUUGCCGGGAUUCGGUGUAUCGAGAGCAGCUAUUCCACCUGCUCUUGGGGGUUUAUCUAGACGGGAACCCUCCUGAGAAACCCCAGACUGCAGCAGGAGCUGGAGACCUGGAGAUGGCAGCAGUGGACCUCCUAAAUCGGCACGGCGAGGUGUUCGAUGCAGUUCGGGUUCUGCACAUGCUUCCUGAAGGCUGGUCACUGCAGCUGCUGCGGCCCUUUCUGGGUCGAGCCAUCCGGGCCAGUAUGCAUGCCUGCCGCACCUCCCAGAUCGCUAUGGGGCUAGCCCACUCAGAAAACCUUCAACUGCUGCAUGACCGGUUGAAAGACCGCAAGAAACCAAUCUUUGUGUCGGAAAAGAAAGGAUGCCACCUGUGCCACAACACCUUCAGUGAGCCUGACGUGGUGUGUCUGCCAGGCGGAGUGCCUGUCCAUACCCACUGUGUCGCCCAGAGAGUAAGAGACUCUCCCACAAAGAGACAGUUAACAAAUAGCAGUAGCCAUACGUGAGACUUGACGCGUCAAAUUGCCACCUGAUCUGUGAUCGGAGGCAUCAAACGAAAGCAGGACGUGCUGAGGACUGUGGGGAUAACAAAAAAGCACAGAACACCCAUUGCCAUAGAGUCUGCUAUGGAGCUGGUUAGAAACACAAAGAAAGCUGUGUGUAUGUGUUGUGAGGGAGAAAUGGUUGAUUUCAUCUAUUUAUUCCUGCAUUUAUACCACUCUGUCAAACUGCAAGUUCUCAAUAGAAGUUAGACCCCGUUCAGAGCUGGCUUUGGCUUGUAAGAUGAUGGCUUGGUCUGCUGCCUCCCUGAUGCAGGUGAUUAUUUGCUUAUAGAGCGCGGAAGGGAGAUGCGAUCACAAGUGGUCAACCGAGAAGCAUUUUAAUGCCGGGUGUGAACUGACGACGGGUUAGAGCCGUCCACUUGUGGUCGGAUCGCCUAAGACGCAUGUUGGCGCCAGGCCUGAACGGGGACUAAGAAACAACAGCUUAUUCACCCGGCCCAUUAAUCCAUUUGAACAAAGAUGUAAUCAAAGACAGGCUCCUGGCCUUUCCAAUGGGUCCAGGGCUGUACCGGUCAUCAUCUGAUAAACUACCUGGCCUACCGAACGCAAAAUAUUUGAAACUUUUUGCAAAUAUUUGCCAAGCAUGCAGAGUAUUACACCACUCUUACAGUUCUGGUCUCAUCACCUCAUAUGGGUAUUGUAUUAAUAUUGUCCUAACUUGCACAUUGCAAUGCUAGGUUUUAAUGUGAAGUACUACAAAGAUCAGUACUGAUGGAAACUGAGUCUUUUAUGUGUGUCUUUUACUCGGUGGGAUCUGGUCUCACUGCUUUAUUUCCCCCUCAGCUAGAAGAGCACUGGAUGUUGUAUUCACAGCACUUCAGUCCAAAACCUAUUCGUUAUCAUGGCUAGAAACUCUGUGGAAACAGUGUAAGACACUACAUGAAAUCUCACAUUGCUCUUCUCCUCAUCACUGCGUGUGACUGGGGAGUCGAUACUCAAACUGCAUCAAGGGCCAAUCAGAUUGACUCUCUAAAACGUGCACAAAUCAGAUGAUGUAUACGGAUCACAUGUCAUAGACGCAUUGUGAAACGUGACAGCAAAUGUUACCACUCGGAUAUAAGUGAUGUGUAGCAUAUCGUCAUUCAAGCUCCAUAAUUUCUGUCUGGUUUUGAGUAACGGAGGAAUAAAUCAACAGGGAUCUUCUCCACUCGCCUGCUGUCCUUGAUCCAUUUAGUUUGUUUGGCUCAAACAUCGAGCGAUAAAGAUAUUUUUUAUCCUGGCAACACAAAACAAAAGUCAAUAAGUGGCAAACAUAAUUAAUAGGUACACAUUUGACUCCAGAGGGGGGUCUUCGGGAAGGGCAUGGAAAUAUUUAGUUCCAGACAUUUUCAAUUUGAAUACCCAAGAUAAUUGUAAUUUAUCACCGUUAUUAUGCUCUGUGUGUUAUUCAGGUUUUUAUUUUUUAUUUUUUACAGUUUACACAUUGCAAGAUAUGUUGCUAAAAAAUACUAUAUACAUUUGACUAAAAGAUGGCAGUAAAGUGUUAAAUGUUGAAAAGAAAUUUCCAUCAAAUACAGGUGGAUUAUAAUGGAAAAAUACAUGUUGGUAUUUAUCACUAUUCUACUAAAUUACCUGAAUAUCCCUUUAAUUUGUGGUUAAAAUCUAAAUUGAACUGUUUAGAACAAAUGUGUAUUCAACACAACCCAUUCACACCCUGAUCUCGGGUAAAAGGAAGUGCUUUGGCACUCUAUGAACAUAUCUUCCUCCUGUUGCGUCAUACUGUGACAGUGUACAGUACUAGCAUGAAAACCUCCAGAUUAAACCGUUGAUGUGGACGAAGAGGAUUUUCUACAGCAUUUCUCAAGAAAGAAACAAAAACUCAUAAUGCGUGUUAUCGCACUGCACAUAACUCCUUCAUUUUAUUUUGAAAAUUAAGUGAAAACAAAACCUACAUCAUUCACAUCUUUGAUUGCUCAAGAACAACACCUCGGCUCUCAUAACUGUUUUAUCUUUAACUUUUUCACCUUGACAAAAUUAGAGUAUUAUUUCACCAAGAGGUCCUAAAAGAUGUUGAUUGUCUAAUCUAAUUAUUUGUGACUUCUCACAAAUUGUGUUAUCAAAGGUGGCAAAAGACAAAUGAAAUGCAUAAGUGAGCAGUGAGUCAACCCUGACCAAAACUAUACGUGGUUACGAAAAGCUGCUUUACACAGAAAACCCUCUUUUAUAAAGUUAAUUCAUUUUAUUUCACCUGUCGCUCAUCCUAGAGAUGUCCUACACUGUCGGCCUGUUUCCGAAGAGGUUUACCCAGAUUUACAGUUAAAAAAACAAACGGCUAUUGAGAUGGUUGUCAUUUUUAUAAGAUCAGAAGACGCUAGAAUUUAAUCUGACGCUUUACACACUACACACUGAACAAGAUAUUCACUCAAAUACAUUUUGGGGAUAAGAGAAAAUCUGUCAGUAUUUCCAAAGGUAAGCUUCCAUCAACUUUAUUUUUUAGCGUUGGCAUUUUAUGAGUAGGCAAAAACUAAAAAGUCAGAAGUGUCUCUUCCAUUGUUUCUUUUCAAACUAAUUGGCAUUUGUCCAACCUUCUACUGUUUCUUGGGUUUUGCUUGUUUCUCUGGUGCUUGUGCGGUUGACGCCAGCCUUCUGUAAUCGCAACACAAUUCUGUGAGGGAACUUUUCAAAAAUGGGACUAUUUUUCUAGCAUGGAGAUCUGAAUGCUGUAGAUUCUGUUGACAUGACUCACUUUCCAUGACAGGAAUUCACAGCUUCUGCAUAACUCAACAGUUUAAGUGUAGCUUGCUUAAUUACAAUGCCUCCUAACCAUGACUUCAAAUAUUCAUAAAAAAUACAGUACAUUUGUGUAAAAAAACAAAAUACUAUUGUAUUUUAUAAUAUGUAUACUGUUAUGUAUAUACUGCAUUUGUACUUGUUUGUUGCUAUCUAAAUCAAUGUGGAUGGAGUGUACAAACUGUAAAUCCGUUGCAUUUUAAUAAACAUGAAACUAUAUAUCA